UGCUUGCUUGCUCUCUCUCACUCUCCAACCACUUGGUUCAGACCCCUCCGUACGACUCACCAUCCAGCCUAGCGGGCACUUGACACGGCUCAUCAGAGGGUACCUCGAGGUUCAAGAUGAGUGGAAGGAAAGUGAUGGCUCAGCCCAUCAACAUUCUUUUCACCUUCCUUCAAAAACAGACUCCUGUCACUAUCUGGCUUUACGACAACACGGAAUUCAGGAUCACCGGGACAAUCUCUGGUUUUGACGAGUUUAUGAAUGUGGUGAUUUCCGACGCGGUCAUGGUGUAUCAACCGAAGAAGGACGGAUCAAAAGAUGUCAAGCCAUCAGAACAACUCGGGAGGAUAUUGUUGAAGGGCGACAACAUCACUUUGAUUCAACCUGUUCAGAGCUGAAUAAAAAAGAUGAGAAAAAGGUCGAUACAGGGCUAGCCUUGAAGAUGUACAGUACUCCUUCCCUCGAGAGCAUGAAUCUCGCUACAUGAUCA